AUGGCCUCUUCUCAAUACGAAUCGGCGCCCAACUCGUCGCGAAACUCGACCAAACGCCCGAAAACUGACGCCGAAAUCGGCCAAGAAUACGAUGCGGCCGUCCACAGCGGUUUGCUCGUGCCCUUGGAUGUUCAUCAGGUCCCCAUCGUCUUUCACCCGGAAUACGACGUGCGCUUCUUCGGCAUCGAAAAGUGGCACCCGUUCGACGCGUGCAAGUGGGGCAAGGUUUUUCAGCGGUUGAAAGACUAUAAACUACUCAGCGACGAGUCGAUAGUAAAACCGAAAGAGGCGACGAGACGUGAUCUACGAAUCGUGCACCCAGCCUCGUAUCUAAACAUGUUAUUCGUUCCCUGCUAUGCGGCAAAGAUCUUCGAGCUGCCCAUCGUCGCCUUCAUCCCCUAUUGCCUGCUCAAUCACUAUUUAUUACGAAGGAUGAGAUUCCACGUCGGGGGCACCGUGGCCGCGUGCCGGUUAGCGCUGCUGAAAAACUGGGCGAUCAACAUUGGCGGUGGUUUCCAUCAUGCGUCUGCGGAUCGGGGUGGCGGUUUCUGCGUGUACGCCGACAUAACAUUGGCCAUCAAGAUUCUACUACUCCUAAACCUGGUCCGCCGGGUGAUCAUCGUCGAUUUGGAUGCGCAUCAGGGCAACGGCCACGAACGGGAUUUUCUCGAGGAUCCCCGAGUUUUUAUUCUGGAUGUCUACAACCCUUCCAUCUACCCGAGAGACGAGUUGGCGAAAAACGCGAUCAGCCGCUCGGUGGAAGUCAAGGCGGACGCCGGGGAUUUCACAUAUUUGGACGACCUCGAGACAGAGCUGGAGACCGUACUCGGCGAGUUCGCCGCCGAUCUGAUCGUCUACAACGCGGGCACGGACUCGUUGGGCAUCCGCGCCCGCGAUGAGAUCGUCUUCCGCGCCGCCAAGGAGCACUCGAUCCCAAUCGCCAUGGUGACCUCCGGCGGGUACCAGCCGGACAACUGGGAGGUGAUCGCCGAUUCGAUCAAGAAUUUGCACGACAAGAAGCUGAUCCAUCUACACCCG